AUGUUGGUCAUCCUCCCAGCUGAAGUCACCCGUGAUUCGGAAUGUAAGAUACCAGUGAUUCUUUCCUACUUGCAUGAUAGAUUUCAGCGGGGAAGCUGCCUCUACCUACCAUCCCGCCACAUCUGUGACGGAGUUGUCUGGGUCUUGCUUCCCUCAUUCGCCGACUGCACCUCGCCGACUGGGGCACGGUCGGAGUUGGACGGAACCGGCACUGGGGUAGAUUACAGCCACGAAAGGAACAUGAUGUAUUAUCGCGGCGAAUCUUUGUAG